CCUGUAACAAUGUAGCCUACAAGUAUGGAUGUUACAUAGAAUAUCCACCCCAAUAUUAUUUUAGUUGACGGUGCUUUCUUUAUAUGCAGAGACCAUUCCAGUUUUUCUCCAUACUAAGAGGGCGAGCGGCGUGUUGUCUGACCGAGUUCCAUUGAGAGCGAGGAUCACAUCACAGGGGGCGAAUGAAGAGGGGCGUAAAUAAAAACAAACAUAAUUCAACCACAAUAUCCUGGUCUUUAGGUUUGAGUUCAUGGGUUUGUGACGAUUAAACUAAGAGUUGGUUAUUUUGCUGAUAUUUUCCUGUUGGGAAACUGUCGGCGAAGGAUUUAAUCUCAGAUUACGGCUGGUCUGAAACAAAGGGGUCGGGGACUCCGGAGUGUUGCAGUGUUCAGUGGUAAAAGCAGGUUGAAAGGGUGGACCGUGGGCACGACUCACUACUGGCAAAAUGGAACGGGAGGGGCAGUGGUGGAAGAGCCAGCUCGCUGCAGACAUCCACCAGUCUUUACGAAUAAAGGAGCUGAAGUUGCCCACCUACAAGUCCCACUCUCCUCAGAUCGGGAUGCGGCGUUACUUUGCUGACCUGCUGGCUGUCCUCAGUAACCGCUACCAAUUGUGCCCAGCGGCUCGCCACCUGGCCGUCUACCUCCUGGAUUUGUUCAUGGACCACUACGACGUGGCAGUCCGCCAGCUCUACGUCAUUGCCCUCUCCUGCCUCCUCCUAGCCAGUAAGUUUGAAGAGAAGGAGGACCGUGUACCAAAGCUGGAGCAGCUAAACUCUCUGGGCUUCAUGUGCAGCCUGAACCUGUCACUGAGCAGGAAGGACCUGGUAAAGAUGGAGCUGCUCCUCUUAGAGACGUUUGGCUGGAACCUGUGCAUGCCCACUCCAGCACACUUCAUAGACUACUACCUCCAUGCUGCUGUACAGGAGGGAGAACUGCACAACGGCUGGCCCCUCUCCUCCCUCAAUAAGACCAAAGCCUUCAUGGACAAGUACACACACUACUUCCUGGAAGUCUCACUGCAAGACCAUGCCUUCCUGGGCUUCCGACCAUCCCAGGUGGCAGCAGCCUGCAUUGCGGCGUCCCGCAUCUGUCUCCAGAUCACCCCAAGCUGGACCACCGUUCUCCACCUGCUCACCGGAUACUCCUGGGAACCCCUCACCCCGUGCAUCGAGCUCAUGCUGCUUGCCCAUGACAACGAUGUGAAACAAGCCAAUAAAUCCAAGUCCAACCCUCCGUCUGUCCAGAGUCCUCUCCAACCCCAGGCCCUUCCCUCAACCUCCACAGUCUCUGUCUCCACCAUGAAACAACCCUUGUCUACCUCUCAGCAGCUGCUCUUCCAGACAGGUGGAUACCAGCAGCAGCUCACCCAGCACUCUACUCCCCUUUCCCAGCUGCACAUGCUAGGUGAGUCCCAGACUCUGGGCCCUGUCGGGUCUCGCGACUACCUCCAGACCCACCAGAGAGGGCUCCUCUCAGGGUCGGUUUCUCAGGGAGUCUUCCCCUCCUACCCCAGCUUAGCCUCAGGGCUGCGCUCCUCCCUGCCCCUGCAGGGACCCAUCUCCAUGCAAGUGGCUCUUGCUGCAGAGCCCCGUCACUGCCUCCCCCUGUCGUACGGGGGAGGCUACCUGGGCUCCCAUCACACCUACACAGCAGGCUGCUUCGACAGGUGAUGCCAGGAGAGGGAGGACAAACAGAACCUGGGGCAGUCAGUGUUCUCCUCCAUCCGUUCUGACCUCAUCCACUGGGGACAAAGGAAACCAAAACAAAGAAGCAAUGUCAAUGCAGAUGUUGCUGAGGUCAUAGUAUUGACCUAACAAAAGCCCUACCUACUUGAAAUGAGACACUAUUUGUGAUGAGCUGAUUACAUACAGUACAUACUGUUCCCUUCACGUGACUGCUUGCUCUAUACUGAGACUGUGAGGCUGGUUUAGCCACUGUGAUUCUGCUAUCAACUGUGGUUGUGUGGUGCCCCUGCUUCCAAAUCAGUUCUCUCAAUGUGGGAUUGCUGUUUUUUUUAUACUAUUAUCUUUCAAUGCUGCUGCUUUAAACAAAAUUAUGACUUUAUGAUCAGUGGAAAGUGGUCUGUCCUUGGUAUUAUUUACAUGAACUAUACCAUUUCAGGGUUUGAAGUAUUACUUGAAAGAAUAUGUAUUUAAACAGCUGUGUAAAUGAAUUCCUUUUUUGAUGUUGUGUUUUUUUUUUUCCUACUGGGUAAAAACAGUGUAUUGUAAUGUAGGAGAUGCCUUGCUAGGAUUUAUGGUCCAUCUUUGGCCUUGGCUGGUGUAGAGUAGUCUCAAUCUUGUUUUGCCUUUCUGGUGCCCCUGGAAGCAGAUAGAGCCAUGGUUCCCAGGGGAACAGCCACAUCUAUCCUCUCAGCACAUCAAACCACAGGGGAAGAAGUGAUGCUUUACUAGCUAGUCCCCAGGGGAGCAAAGCCACGCUUUCUCCUCAGUUAAUGUAAAUUCUCCUGACUGGUACCAUUUCAUCUGUAUGACUGACUGAAACCCAGGAAAGUCACACAACCCUCACUGGAACAGCUACUGUUGCUGUCCUUGUCACAAGGACCUUGAGCAGUUAACAACACCAUGAUCACGUUGGGAAGGCUUCUGCACAGGAUAGCUUGUAGUUCGGUACCGCUGACGUUCUCAUCCGGUCAUUCUACUACUUAUGUCUACUACUACCUCACUCUCCAGGGGGGUUGCUAUUUGUGUAGUUUUACUGUAAUGUACUGUACCUGUAGAAUGGACCAUGCUUGAUCAGAUGGAAAGAGUGCCACCAAACAUAUAUCCUAUACAAUUAGCAAAAGUAUAGUUGACCUUAAAGCUGGAAUCCUUAAGGGUGAAACUGCCAUGUCUGUUUUGUGAAAUUACAACAAAGAAGUUACUGCAAACAACACCCCCCAGGACACCAUUGCACGCGCGAUAGAACAGCAGCAUAAAGUGCAUUCGGAAAGUAUUCACCCCCCUUGACUUUGUCCACAUUUUGUUAUGUUAGUCGUAUUCUAGAAUGUAUUGAAAAGAAAUCGAUCUACACACGAUACCCCAUAAUGACAAAGCAAAAUCAAAAAAAUCCAAUAAAAAACUGAUACUUUAUUUGCACAAGUAUUCGAACCCUUUCCUAUGAGACUCGAAAUUGAGCUCAGGUGCAUCCUGUUUCCAUUGAUCAUCCUUGAUGUUUCUACAACUUGAUUGGACAUGAUUUGGUAAGGCACACAUCUGUGUAUAUAAGGUCCCAUAGUUGAAAAUUCAUGUCAGAGCAAAAACCAAGCCAUGAGGUCCAAGGAAUUGUCCGUAGAGCUCAGAGAUAGGAUUGUGUCAAGGCACAGAUCUGGGGAAGGGUAACAAAACAUUUCUGCAUCAUUGACGGUCCCCAAGAACACAUUGGCCUCCAUCAUUCUUAAAUGGAAGAAGUUUGGAACCACCAAGACUCUACCUAGAGCUCAAUCAAUCAAAUGUUAUUAUAAAGCCCUUCUUACAUCAGCUGAUGUCACAAAGUGCUGUACAGAAACCCAGCCUAAAACCCCAAACGGCAAGCAAUGCAGGUGUAGAAGCACGGUGGCUAGGAAAAACUCCCUAGAAAGGCCGGAACCUAGGAAGAAACCUAGAGAGGAACUAGGCUAUGAGGGGUGGCCAAUCCUCUUCUGGCUGUGCCGGGUGGAGAUUAUAACAGAACAUGGCCAAGAUGUUCAAAUGUUCAUAGAUGACUAGCAGGGUCAAAUAAUAAUAAUCACAGUGGUUGUCGAGGGUGCAACAGGUCAGCACCUCAGGAGUAAAUGUCAGUUGUCUUUUCAUAGCCGAUCAUUCAGAGUAUCUCUACCGCUCCUGCUGUCUCUAGAGAGUUGAAAACAGCAGGUCAUGGACAGGUAGCACGUCCGGUGAACAGGUCAGGGUUCCAUAGCCGCAGGCAGAACAGUUGAAACUGGAGCAGCAGCACGGCCAGGUGGACUGGGGACAGCAAGGAGUCAUCAGGCCAGGUAGUCCUGAGGCAUGGUCCUAGGGCUCAGGUCCUGAGAAAGAGAGAGAAUUAGAGAGAGCAUACUUAAAUUCACACAGGAUAAGACAGGAUAAAUACUCCAGAUAUAACAGACUGACCCUAGCCGCCGACACAUAAACUACUGCAGCAUAAAUACUGGAGGCUGAGACAGAAGGGGUCGGGAGACACUGUGGCCCCGUCCGACGAUACCCCCGGACAGGGCCAAACAGGCAGGAUAUUAGCCCACCCACUUUGCCAAAGCACAGCCUCCACACCAUUAGAGGGAUAUCUUCAACCACCAACUUAUCAUCCUGAGACAAGGCCGAGUAUAGCCCACGAAGAUCUCCGCUACAGCACAACCCAAGGGGGGCUCCAACCCGGACAGGAAGAUCACGUCAGUGACUCAAUCCACUCGUGUCGCACCCCUCCUAGUUUUGGCAUGGAAGAGCACCAGUAAGCCAGUGACUCAGCCCCUGUAAUAGGGUUAGAGGCAGAGAAUCCCAGUGGAGAGAGGGGAGCCGGCCAAGCAGAGACAGCAAGGGCGGUUCUUUGCUGGCCUCCCAGCCAAACUGAGCAAUCGGUCGGAGAUGGGCCUUGGUCGGGGAGGUGACCAAGAACUCAAAGGUCACUCUGACAGAGCUCCAGAGUUCCUCUGUAGAGAUGGGAGAACCUUCCAGAAGGAUGACCAUCUCUGCAGCACUCCACCAACCAGGCCUUUAUAGUAGAGUGGCCAGAUGAAGGCACUCCUCAGUAAAAGGCACAUGACAGCCCGCUUGGAGUUUGCCAAAAGGCACCUAAAGACUUUCAGACCAUGAUAAACAAGAUUUUCUGGUCUGAUGAAACCAAGAUUGAACUCUUUGGCCUUUGGCCUGAAUGUCACAUCUGGAGGAAACCUAGUACCAUCCCUAUGGUGAAUCAUAGUGGUGGCAGCAUCAUGCUGUGGGGAUGUUUUUCAGAAGCAGUGACUGAGAGACUAGUCAGGAUCAAGGGAAAGAUGAACGGAGCAAAGUACAGAGAGAUCCUUGAUGAAAAUCUGCUCCAGAGCGCUCAGGACCUUCGACUGGGGCGAAGUUUCACCUUCCAACAGGAUAACGACAGGGGUGGCAGCGUAGCCUAGUGGUUAGAGCGUUGGACUAGUAACCAAAAGGUUGUAAGUUCAAAUCCCCGAGCUGACAAGGUACAAAUCUGUCGUUCUGCCCCUGAACAAGGCAGUUAACCCACUGUUCCUAGGCUGUCAUUGAAAAUAAGAAUUUGUUCUUAACUGACUUGCCAAGUUAAAUAAAAACGACCCUAAGCACACAACCAAGACAAUGCAGGUGGGCUGUGGCCCAGCCAGAGCCUGGACUUGAACCCGAUCGAUCGUGUCUGGAGAGACUUGAAAAUAGCUGUGCGGCGAUGCUCUCAAUCCAACUUGACAGAGCUUGAGCGAAUCUGCAGAGAAUAAUGGGAGGAUCUCCACAAAUGCAGGUGUCCCAACAUAAAUGACAUGUAAAUGUAAUUUCAGUUUAUUUUUUGUCAAUUUGAAAAUAUUCGAAAAACCUGUUUUUGCUUUGUCAUUAUGGGGUAUUGUGUGUAGAUGGAUGAGAAAGAAAUGACAAUUUAAUCCAUUUUAGAAUAAGGCGUAACAAAAUGUGGGAAAAAGGGGGUUGAAUACUUUCCAAAUGCACAAUUUAAAAAAUAUAUGUAACACCCCCAGAAGUCAAGUAACUAAGAGAGUGCACAGUCGUGGCCAAAAGUUUUGAGAAUGACACAAAUAUUAAUUUUCACAAAGUCUGCUGCCUCAGUUUGUAUGAUGGCAAUUUGCAUAUACUCCAGAAUGUUAUGAAGAGUGAUCAGAUGAAUUGCAAUUAAUUGCAAAGUCCCUCUUUGCCAUGCAAAUGAACUGAAUUCCCCCAAAACAUUUCCACUGCAUUUCAGCCCUGCCACAAAAGGACCAGCUGACAUGUCAGUGAUUCUCUCGUUAACACAGGUGUGAUUGUUGACGAGGACAAUGCUGGAGAUCACUCUGUCAUGCUGAUUGAGUUUGAAUAACAGACUGGAAGCUUCAACAGGAGGGUGGUGCUUGGGAUCAUUGUUCUUCCUCUGUCAAUCAUGGUUACCUGCAAGGAAACACGUGCCGUCAUCAUUGCUUUGCACAAAAAGGGCUUCACAGGCAAGGAUAUUGCUGCCAGUAAGAUUGCACCUAAAUCAGCUAUUUAUCGGAUCAUCAAGAACUUCAAGGAGAGCGGUUCAAUUGUUGUGAAGAAGGCUGCAUUCAGGGUGCCCAAGUAAGUCCAGCAAGCGCCAGGACCGUCUCCUAAAGUUGAUUCAGCUGCGGGAUCGGGACACCACCAGUACAGAGCUUGCUCAGAAAUGGCAUCAGGCAGGUGUGAGUGGAUCUGCACACACAGUGAGGCGAAGACUUUUGGAGGAUGGCCUGGUGUCAAGAAGGGCAGCAAAGAAGCCACUUCUCUCCAGGAAAAACAUCAGGGACAGACUGAUAUUCUGCAAAAGGAACAGGGAUUGGACUGCUGAGGACUGGGGUAAAGUCAUUUUCUCUGAUGAAUCUCCUUUCCGAUUGUUUGGGGCAUCUGGAUAAAAGCUUGUUCGGAGAAGACAAGGUGAGCGCUACCAACAGUAAAGCGUCCUGAGACCAUUAAUGUGUGGGGUUGCUUCUCAGCCAAGGGAGUUGGCUCACUCAGAAUUUCCCGAAGAAUACAGCUAUGAAUAAAGAAUGGUACCAACACAUCCUCCGAGAGCAACUUCUCCCAACCAUCCAGGAACAGUUUGGUGAUGAACAAUGCCUUUUCCAGCAUGAUGGAGCACCUUGCCAUAGGGCAAAAGUGAUAACUAAGUGGCUCGGGGAACAAAACAUCGAUAUUUUGGGUCCAUGGCCAGGUAACUCCCCAGACCUUAAUCCCAUUGAGACCUUGUGGUCAAUUCUCAAGAUGAGGCUGGACAAACAAAAACCCACAAAUUCUGACAAACUCCAAGCAUUGAUUAUGCAAGAAUGGCCUGCCAUCAGUCAGGAUGUGGUCCAGAAGUUAAUUGACAGCAUGCCAGGGCGGAUUGCAGAGGUCUUGAAAAAUAAGUGUGUCAACACUGCAAAUAUUGACACUUUGCAUCAACUUUAUGUAAUUGUCAAUAAAAGCCUUUGACACUUAUGAAAUGCUUGUAAUGGUACUUCAGUAUUCCAUAGUAACAUCUGACAAAAAUAUCUAAAGACACUGAAGCAGCAAAUUUUGUGAAUAUUAAUAUUUGUGUCAUUCUCAAAACUUUUGGCCACGGCUGUAUGACUCGGGUUUAUAUGGAAUAUGAGCUUGAUGUCUGUGUCAUGAGUCAUGAUGCUGCCUUAACGUCUAAAUCCAGGCUGGCCAGACAUGCUGUUACCGAUGGCCAAGUACAUGUGGGUCCAGUUCCCGGAAUAGCUCAGGUUUGAUGGAGUAAUUAAAUAUUUUCCACUGAUCACAUUCUAACCACGAUGUCUAUCAGCUUCCCCUACUGCUGACAGAUGGCAUGAAGAGGCCAUGGCCCUGUAGUCUACCGGGUCUCUGAUAACAAAACCAUCCUCUUGCAUACCUUAACUUUUACCUACCUCAAUAUGUAGUGAUACCUGUAUUUAUUAUUUGCUACUUUCUUUUCAUUAGAUCAAAUGUAUGUACAUUUAGUUGACUUUAUAGUUCAUGUACACUUUUUUAUUUUUUAUUUUAUGUACACUUUUUUCCCCCCGAACCGUUUUUUCCCCCUCACAGUAUCUGCACAUGUGCACGGGUUUGCUUCACACUGUUACAGCGUGGUAGCUACGGGACCAAAACAGCAGAGAAGUUGAGCCUUGCGCUUCAGCGCUCUUAGUAGUUGCGGAAAUGUAUCCACUAUGCUGUUUACGUCAUAUCACUGACUCUACCUGUAACUUUUUUUUGUUAUAUGUUGGAAUAUAUGAAGAGCUCAAUGCGCCAUCAAAGACCAAUCUAUCUUGUGUGAUAUGUAGGCUAAUGAUUGGUCACUUUAGUCAAGACUACUUUCAAUCACACCGCCAUCUUAUUGUGUUGUUUUAAAGCACACUUUUUUUUUUUUUUUGCAAAUGCUUUCUAGUACCUGUGUUAACUGCUUGGAAAGGCAGUGGAUUUCUUUACCUGAAUGAAAAUGUUGCACAUUGCAACCACCUCGAAGCAUCAACUCUUGAAAUCCAAAUGGACCAACUAAAUCUACCCUGAUGGAUCAAUAACAGCUGUGUGCAUUUGUGCAGGAGAAGCACAUAUUGGGGAAGGGGAAUCGGUGUUUUCUCUGUCAAAUGAGUUGAAAAUAAAACAGUUUACAAAAGCCA